AUGGGACUGUUGGUGUUUAUGCGUAACCUGCUGCUAGCCCUCUGCCUCUUCCUGGUACUGGGAUUUCUGUACUAUUCUGCGUGGAAGUUGCACCUUCUCAGAUGGGAGGAUUCAA